AUGGUUUUACCUUUACAUCUCUUUUCAGAUUCCUGUAUAUCAGGGGCUAUGAAGAGUAUAAAACAGGACAUCUUACAGACAAUACAAAAAGAGAUACGUCAGUGUGAUUCUGGCUGGAAAUCCUUUGAUGGAAGCUGUUAUUAUAUUGUUACCACUAUGAAGAAUUGGACAGAGGCCCGGGGCUUUUGUAAAUCAAUGAACAGUGACCUGGUUAUUAUCAAGAGUGCGAGGGAACAGAAAUUCCUUGAAAACAUUACUUCCAUCACCAAAUUUUGGAUCGGCCUCACAAAGGAUAGAAAUAAGAAUGUGUGGAGAUGGGUGGAUGGAACACUCCAUAAUUUAUCAGAUGGAUUCUGGUACGAGGAUGAGCCAAAUAACGAAGCUGGAAGAGAAGACUGUGUUAACCUGUGGAAAGAUAAAAAGUGGAAUGAUGUUUAUUGCACCGGCCUGUAUAAAGCAAUCUGUAGAAAAGGAACAAGGCAAAGUGACUCUGAUAGUGAUGAUUAUGAAAAUGUCCCUGGCACUAAGGAACCAAGGGAGAUGAUGAGGUUUAAACAAGAAUCUAAAGGAGAAAACCUCUCACCAAAAGCUCUGAAGGCAAGUGAAACAUUGGGGACACAGAGGAGACUCCUGAUGGUUCUGGUGACCCUGCUGGUUCUUGUCUUCAUUUUCCUGAUAAUCCUGACCAGCCUCAUGUUUAUAUACUAUUCUACAGUGAGCCGGCAGCUACAGCAGGAACAUGAGGAGAAAGCCAACCUUCUAACCCAAAUCACAGCCAUAAACCAAACACUGGAUUCCCGUAUAUCAGAGGCUAUGGAAAGUAUAAAACAGGACAUACAGACAAUACGAAAAGAGAGACCCCAGUGUGAUUCUGGCUGGAAAUCCUUUGAUGGAAGCUGUUAUUGUAUUGGUUCAACUGAGACGAACUGGACAGAGGCCCAGAGCAUUUGUAAAUCAAUGAACAGCGACCUGGUUAUUAUCGACAGUGAGAGGGAACAGAAAUUCCUUGAAAAUAUUACUGACGACUCAUACUUUUGGAUCGGCCUCACAAGGGAUAACAAUAAUAUGAAUGUGUGGAGAUGGGUGGAUGGAACACUCCAUGAUUUAUCAGAUGGAUUCUGGUACAAGAAUGAGCCAAAUAAUGAAGAUGGAAGAGAAAACUGUGGUCAUCUGUGGAAAGAGAAAAAGUGGAAUGAUGUUUUUUGCACUGAUCUGUAUGAAACAAUCUGUGAGAGAAAAUGGACAUGUUGUGUUUAGUUUUGGAGCCAUAAAUCUAGGUUUAUGAGCAGCUUAUUAGUAUAUCAAUGUCCAGCAAAAAAACAGAAAAACUAAAAUCUUCUGAAAACAAUGGCGGAGACCCUAUAUCCUUCCAAAUAAGGAGCAUUAUAGCUCCACCUCACUGCUACUAUUUGCUAUAAUAUCUGGGGUGGGGCUGAAGAGAUACUUAAUGAUGAAUGACACGGUACUGCGCUCCCUCUAGUCAUUAUAUCUGCUCAGAAGAAAAGGUCCUCAAAAUUUCAGCCUUCGGUCAACUGACAUGUGUCUUCCCCAAAGAAUCACUUGCCUACAGCAUUGGGAUCUGUAUCUGCUUUUCAAUAAAUUGUUGCAAUGAAA